UUCUCCCACAUGUGGCUGCAAGUGAACUAGUGCAGCGUCGGUUAUUGGAGCUGCGAGUUCGUGCAAAUAAAUAUCUGUAAUACUUUUUUUGUUUUCAUUCGGAUUUAACAUGAAGCCUGGUUUCAGCCCGCGAGGUGGCGGCGGUGGUCGUGGAGGCUUUGGCGGCUGGGGUCGUGGUGGCGAUAGAGGUGGAAGAGGAGGAUUCCGUGGAGGCAGAGGUGGAGGUUUCAAGUCCCCAGGAGGGGAUGGUGGGUUCAGGGGCCGUGGCGGUGGCAGAGGGACACCCAGAGGCCGAGGAGGCAGAGGUGGAGGACGAGGGGGGUUUAGAGGAGGCAAAAAAGUGACGGUGGAACCUCACAGGCAUGAAGGUGUGUUUAUUUGCCGGGGUAAAGAGGAUGCCCUAGUGACAAAGAAUAUGGUGAUUGGAGAGUCAGUCUAUGGGGAGAAGAGAAUAAGUGUUGAGGAAGGGGAAUCGAAGACUGAGUACAGAGCAUGGAACCCUUUCCGCUCGAAGCUGGCAGCUGCCAUCUUGGGUGGUGUAGAUCAGAUCCACAUCAAGCCUGGAGCUAAAGUCAUGUACCUGGGGGCUGCAUCUGGGACAACAGUGUCUCACGUGUCUGACAUCGUCGGCCCAGAGGGCUUGGUAUACGCUGUGGAGUUUUCGCACCGAUCAGGAAGAGAUUUGCUGAAUGUGGCCAAGAAGCGCACAAAUAUAAUUCCAAUUAUUGAAGAUGCCAGGCAUCCACACAAGUAUCGUAUGCUGGUUGGUAUGGUUGAUGUCAUUUUUGCUGACGUCGCUCAGCCCGACCAGACGAGAAUCGUUGCCAUCAAUGCACACAACUUUCUUAAAAACGGUGGACAUUUUGUCAUUUCAAUCAAGGCAAAUUGCAUUGACUCUACGGCAGCACCAGAGGCUGUGUUUGCAUCUGAAGUUAAGAAGAUGAGUGCAGAGAACAUGAAGCCCCAGGAGCAGCUGACCCUGGAACCGUACGAGAGGGACCACGCUGUCGUCGUAGGAGUCUACAGGCCACCUCCCAAACAGAAGAAAUAGACUGCAUUUUUUAGGGGACUAUUUUGGUGCAUUUCUCUGACUGCGACUACUCCAGUUUUGGCCAACGGGGAGCAUAUGGAUACAUGUUGAAGGUUUUCAACCCCUUUUACCUGUCAUGUUUUAUGUUUUUUAGAUUGUUUGGGUUUUUUGGGGGGGGUUGUUGUUGUUCCCACUGGAAGCAUAGAAGUUCCCAUUGUAUUUUCAACCCCACCGCACACAUCAGUACUUCACUACAGUUAUUUGCUUGUGCUGAAGUACUUUUCCUGCUCCUUUUCAGUAAGGUAAUGCCACUUGACGCUUUCUUCACCAUUCUUCUUAGUGGUGUAAUUCUAAACAAAGAUGCUUGAAUAUGAUGCUUUCUGGUUUAGUAACUCAACCAGAAUUUUCUCUCAAAUCUUUGAUGUAAUUUAUCAAGAGGUGAACAUUGGUUUUGUGAACUGUUCAUUUGCCGUUUGCUUUCUUUAACAUCCAGAAUUACCUUUUUUUUUUUUUUUUCUAAAGUGAUGUUUUUGUUAGUCCCCAUUAGUUGUCUGUCAUCCUGGCAAAAUGGUAAUAUGACUGUAGACUGACAAUUGUAUGUUGGUCUUUUUUAUUAAAUGAACUCAAAACACA